AGGCAGUGGGCUCCGAGUCAACUGGUAUGACCGCGGGCACUGGGUCAGACAUUGGAUCGUCUGACCGGACAGCGGGCAUCGGGUCACCAGGCAUCAGGUCAUUUGGCUCGACCGCGGGCACUGCGUCAUCUGGCAAAGGCAGUGGGCUCCGAGUCAACUGGUAUGACCGAGGGCACUGGGGCAGACAUUGAAUCGUCUGGCUGGACAGCGGGCAUCGGGUCACCAGGCAUCAGGUCAUUUGGCUCGACAGGGGGCACCGCGUCAUCUGGCAAGGCAGUGGGCUCCGAGUCAACAGGCACGACAGUGGGCACCGGGUCAUCAGGUACCGGAUUGUCUGGCUCGACAGCAGGCAUCGGGUCACCAGGCAUCAGGUCAUUUGGCUCGCCAGCGGGCACCGCGUCAUCUGGCAAGGCAGUGGGCACCGAGUCACCAGGUACGACAGCGGGCUCUGAGUCAAUUGGCACGACAGCGGGCACCGGAUCAGGUACCGGAUCAACAGCGGGCAUCGAGUCAACUGGC